GGGGAAAUCAUGGGGCCGCCGGGGAGGCCCGCAGCCGGGAGCCGCCCGGACAAACCGUUACCUUCUCGUUGCUCGCACUCGCGCUGAACUCGGUCGGACCAUGGGGGAGAACAGCCCGGAGGACAACGUCAUCUACUUUGAGGCGGAGGAAGAUGAGCUGACGCAAGAGGAGAAGAUGCUUAGGUUUGUGGAGAACGGCCUGAUGCCCUCCUCCUCCGGGACGGUCUACGACAGGACAACCGUGCUCAUAGAGCAGGACCCCGGCACGCUGGAAGAGGAGGACGAUGACGGACAGUGCGGGGAACAGUUGCCUUUUUUAGUAGGUGGUCCCGAGGAGGGGUUUCACCUAAUAGCAGAUCAUGAAGGAAUGUCCCAGGGUUACGUGCAACACAUUAUCUCGCCCGAUCAGAUCCACCUAACGAUAAACCCUGGAUCGACUCCUAUGCCACGCAAUAUCGAAGGUGCCACGCUCACCCUGCAGUCCGAGUGCCCGGAGACCAAACACAAAGAAGUGAAGCGGUAUCAGUGCACUUUUGAGGGGUGCCCCCGCACCUACAGCACCGCGGGCAACCUGCGCACCCACCAGAAGACGCACCGCGGCGAGUACACCUUCGUCUGCAACCAGGAGGGCUGCGGCAAAGCCUUCCUCACCUCCUACAGCCUCAAGAUCCACGUGCGUGUGCACACGAAGGAGAAGCCGUUCGAGUGCGACGUGCAGGGCUGCGAGAAGGCCUUCAACACCCUGUACAGGCUGAAAGCACACCAGAGGCUUCACACGGGGAAGACGUUCAACUGUGAAUCGGAGGGCUGCAGCAAGUACUUCACCACGCUCAGCGACCUGAGGAAGCACAUCCGAACGCACACGGGAGAAAAGCCAUUUCGAUGCGAUCACGACGGCUGUGGGAAGGCUUUCGCCGCGAGCCACCACCUCAAAACGCAUGUCCGAACGCAUACCGGUGAAAGACCCUUCUUCUGUCCCAGUAAUGGCUGUGAGAAAACCUUCAGUACUCAGUACAGCCUCAAAAGCCACAUGAGAGGUCACGAUAACAAAGGGCACUCUUAUAACGCACUUCCAAACAACCACCUGUCUGAGGAUACAAACCACUCACUCUGCCUGAGCGAUUUGAGUCUGUUGUCCACCGAUUCCGAGCUGCGAGAGAGCUCCAACCCAACGCACGGCCAGGACCUGAGCACAAUCUCACCCGCAAGCAUCUUCGAAUCGAUGUUCCAGAACUCGGACGACCCAGGGAUUCACGAGGACUCUCCCCAGACAGCUGCCUUGAUGGCCAGUUUGAACGGCGACGCGGACCCCGGCCCCCCGGCGCCUCCGUCCGCGGGCGAUCCGGCGCCGCUGGCCCUCCCGCUCCUCCUGCAGCCGGGCCCGGCCGAGCCCCCUCCCUCCGCCGGGCCGCCCCCGGCCCCGCCGGCGCCCGCGGGGGCCGGCCCGCGGCCGGCGGCGUUUGGAAGCGGCCCCGCGGUCCUGCAGCCUCCAGAAGUGCCUGUCCCCGCCAGCCCGCAGUUCGCCGCCAACCCCCAAGAGUUCCUUCCGCCCCCCCGGGCCGCGCAGCCCGUUGUCCCGGGACUGUCCGUGGUGGCCGGGGCCCCGGUCCCGCCGGCGGCGACGGCGAGCGGGUCCGAGCCGCUGUCGGCCGUGGUGCAGACUCUGCCCCUGGGGACCGGCCCCGUGCUGGCCAGCAAUCCGACCAUCACCCUCACCCCCACUCCCAGCGCCGCCAUCCUGCAGUCCAGCAUAGUCAUGGGAGACCAGAACCUCCAGUGGAUUCUAAAUGGCGCCACCGGUUCACCUCCAAACCAAGAACAAAUGCAGCAGGCCUCUAAGGUAGAGAAGGUGUUCUUCACCACGGCCGUCCCCGUCGCCGGAAGUGCAGGGAGCUCCGUGCAGCAGAUCGGGCUCAGCGUCCCCGUGAUCAUCAUCAAGCAGGAGGAGGCCUGCCAGUGUCAGUGCGCCUGCCGCGACUCGGCCAAGGAAAGAGCUGCUAGCAGGAGGAAGGACUGCUCCUCCCCGCCCCCCGAGCCCACCCAGAAACCGGCCGAGGGCCCGGCCCUGCCGCCUCCGCCCGCCGCCGCCUCCUCCUCAUCCUCCUCGUCCUCCUCGUCCUCCUCGUCCUCGCCCCCCACCACCCCGCCCUCCCGCGAGCGGAGGCGGCCGGCGGCCGACCCUUCGGACCCUCAGCCCGAAACGUUAAGUGCCAUGGACGUAUCGGAGUUUCUGUCGCUGCAGAGCCCGGGCCCCCCCUCCCACCUGAUCCCCAUCGAAGCACUACUGCAAGGUGGCGGGGAGGGGGAGGAGGAGGGGGGCAGGAUCGGCCUGGCCAGCGACUUCUCCAAGUGAAGGGCCCGUGUGGCCACCGCCCGUCCCCUCCGCCAACCCCCCCACGUCGGGGUCGGGGGAGGGAGCGGCGCCCGACACUUGAAGGACGAAGAAGUUUUCCGUGGGAAAGCGGCUCGGUCACGCUUCUUUAUUCACGUUCCGGGAACGUCCAUUUUGAGGAACCGACCUUUG